CCUACACUAUAAGCUUUACGAAACCACAGAUAACUUUGUUUGUUUCUCACGUUGUAUAUAUCUACCAACUUAGCUACGUUUAACCCUAACCCUUAGAUAAUUACCCGAACCCUGACCCUUAGAUAACUACCCCAACCCUAACCCGUAGAUAAUUAUCCUAACCCUUAGAUAACUACCCUAACCCUAACCCUUAGAUGAAGUGUCCUUUGGACGAAAUAGAGGAUUUAUACAUAUAAGCUUAUAACAGGAGGCCUGUCUCUAGGGUGGUAUGGAGGAUUUAUACACAGUGAGACAUAAAUGAGUGUUCAGGUUUUAAUAAUAACAAGGUGUUGAGGACUUUGAUUUUAUAGCAUCAUUUUGCCAAACAUAUGAACUAGGGACUGUAAAAUAAAGGUUCACUUGACACUGCUGUUUGUGGAAACACACACACACACACGUACAACACGCCCUCUCUCCUCUAAAGUCACUCCUUUAGUGUUCAUCAGACGAGUCCACUCCACUAACUCUACACCCCCCCCAUACACACACACCACACACAGACAUACAUACACAGUCACACUCACUCACAGUCACUCCUUCAGUGUACAUCAGAUGAGUCCUCUCCUCUAUCCUACACACACACACACACAAACACAUUCACACAGACUCACACCAUGGCGAAGGACUCCUCAUCUGACCUGAUUCUCUACAUGAUGGGUGUGCUGGUGGCUGUGUUCUCCAUGUCCAUGUCCACCUCAGUGGUGGUGCGUGAGGGUCAGUCGGUCCAGUUGAACUGCUCACACAGUUCUGUAGAAGAGACAGGAUUCACAACGAUCACUUGGCUGAGACAAACCAACCAGUCAGCUCCAGUCUCCAUCCUUAGUAUUCACUGUCGGACUGUUACUGUCAACCGUCAGAGAAACGAGACAUACCGUCUUCAGCACCUCAAUGGAUUUAAUAGCAAACACAUGAACGGAACUAUGAACAACACGACCUCUACGUUAGAGAUUAGAGAUGUGAAUGUGUCUGACUCUGGGCUUUACUACUGUCGCACACAGCCAAAGGAACACAUGAUCUAUCACAAUGCAACCUACUUAACCAUCACAGGUAACCAUCACCUAUCUUUCUAUCACCAUCUUUCUAUUUCUGCAUCUAUGAGGUUGAGCCCCGAGCCCUCAGAGACAGUAGAGGAUGGGCAGUUCUGCAGUGGGGUGUGUGUAGCUGUGGUUCUGGUUCUUGGGGUUCUCAGUGCUGUUCUCAAUCUGGUGCUUUUCAUCGUCAUCCUGACCAAACGCAGAGCUGCACUCAGACAGAACACAGAUCCUGGUAAUCUAACAGCGUCUCCACCUGAGCAGGAGUCAGACGUGUUGAAGUACUCAGCUCUAAGCUUCACUGAGGGGGAGAAGAGAAGGAGGACCCUCCACAGAGAAAGCACAGAUACAUGUGUCUUAUAUUUUGCUACAAGAUUAACACCAAAACUAGACAAUAAGUUGCAUUGAUGCUGUUGUAUUUUACUGCUAUACACUGUUCUGAAUUACAUUACUGUGUUCUGGUUCAGUCAAACUUGUAUUUUUA